UGAAGAAUGGAUCAGCAGUGUGUGAGAGCGUGCGAGAGAGAGAGAGAGAGAGUUUAUGAUCCCCCAGCAUACACAUUAUCAGAACAGUAUCACUUCAGAUACCAUAGGACAACAGACCAGAUUGCUAUGACAGCAGACCGACACUGAGCGACUGAAACGCAAGAAGAAGAAGAGGAAGAAGAGACAGGCAGAUCACAUAGAGCCUCUCUUUAUAAAGAGGGCACAUCGGGGGACGGACAAUAGCAGCCAACCAGAACACUGUGAAGUUUAUAAGCCUCACUUCCUCUACUUGGUACCUCUGAGGUCACCUCCCCUCCAAAGUGCUGAGAUGAUCCUGGAGGUCUGCCUGAUGCUGUGGCUGACAGGUCACGGAGUGUAUGCGGUAUUCUCACAGCAGCCUCAGGACUUGGUGGUAGUGGCUGGUCAACCCGUCACACUACCUUGCUCCAUCCCAGGAUACCAUGGAAUAGUGCUGUGGAUCAAAGACGGCCUCGCUCUGGGCGUCGGAAGAGACCUUUCAGGUUAUCCGCGUUACGCUGUGGUUGGUGAUCAUGGAUCUGGUGAGUACCAUCUGCGGAUCCAGAGGGUGGAGCUGAUGGAUGAUGCUGUGUUCGAGUGCCAGGCCAUCCAGGCUGCCAUGAGGUCCCGUCCCGCCCGACUUACAGUCCUUGUUCCACCGGAAGAUCCAGCCAUCAUUGGAGGGCCCGUGGUGAGCCUAAGAGCAGGAGACCCUCUCAAUCUGACCUGUCAUGCAGAUAAUGCCAAACCCGCCGCCUCCAUCAUCUGGAUCCGAAAUGGAGAGGUUCUGAAUGGAGCCAUGUACUCUAAGACUCUUCUUAGAGAUGGACGAAGAGAGAGCACUGUGAGCACCCUCUACAUUUCGGCCUCCAACAUUGAAUCUGGACAGAAGAUCAUCUGCCGGGCCUCCAACAAGGCUGUGCCCAAUGGCAAGGAGACCAGUGUCACUAUUGACAUCCAACACUUGCCUUUGGUUAAUCUAUCUGCGGAGCCGCAACCAGUUUUGGAGGGAAACCUAGUGAAGUUUCAUUGCUCAGCUAAAGCUAAUCCACCAGUCAACCAAUACAGGUGGGCUAAAGGAGGAAGUGUGAUAAAGGAAGUGUCUGGAGACACUUAUGAGGUCAUAGUGGACCACUCGUUCUUUACAGAGCCAGUUUCCUGCGAGGUCACUAACCCACUAGGGAGCACCAACAUCAGUCGCAAUGUGGAUGUCUACUUUGGACCACGGAUGGCUGCAGAGCCCCAGUCUUUACAGGUUGACCUGGGAUCAGAUGCCAUUUUCAACUGUGCCUGGACAGGAAACCCCUCUUUAACCAUUGUAUGGAUGAAAAGGGGUUCUGGAGUGGUGCUAAGCAAUGAGAAUAUCCUGACACUGAAAGCUGUCAGGCAGGAGGAUGCUGGGAAGUAUGUGUGCCGUGCAGUGGUCCCUCGCGUUGGUGCGGCAGAGAAGGAAGUCUCUCUCACUGUAAAUGGACCUCCAACCAUCUCCAGCACACAGACCCAUCAGGCUCCUCAUGGCGAAAAGGGACAGAUCAAAUGUUUCAUACGCAGCACGCCACCCCCAGACCGCAUUGCCUGGUCAUGGAAGGAGACUGUCCUGGAGUCGGGGACAUCAGGCCGCUACACAGUGGAGACAGUAAGCACAGAAGAUGGAGUGCUGUCCACCCUCACCAUGAGUAACAUUGUACCUGCAGACUUCCAGACCAUCUACAACUGCACCGCAUGGAACAGCUUCGGCUCUGAUACAGAGAUCAUCCGUCUCAAGGAACAAGGUGGGAGCCAAGAAUCUCUCCCUGUUGCUGUAAUCAUUGGAGUGGCAGUUGGUGCUUUCGUUGCUUUCAUCAUCCUCAUGGGAACCAUCGGAGCGUUCUGCUGCACGCGCUCUCAGAGAAAAGACACUCACCUGGUUAUGCCUACACUGCCCACCUCCAUCUGUGCUCAGCAGAGAGAACAUGCAAGCAAAAUUAAUACAGAAAAUCUCAAAGGUGUGGUAUCAGCCAAGAAUGACAUUCGUGUGGAAAUUGUGCACAAAGAUCACAACGCAGCACGAGAAAACGAGGAGCACUCUGCUAUGAAACAGCUUAUGAUUGAACGUGGAGAGUUUCAACAGGAGUCUGCUUUGAAGCAACUUGAGGUACUCCAGGAAGAGGAGAAAGAGUAUCAGCACAUCAAGGAUCCUACUAAUGGAUACUACAGUGUGAACACAUUUCAGGAGCAUCAUGGAACCCCAACCAUCACAAUGGCAGGAAACCAAACCACAGAGAUCCGCCGAGAUCCUGGCACAGCCACCACCGGCAAGCAGCGGGUACCCACGGGAAUGUCCUUCACCAACAUCUACUCUACCUUGGGUGCUGGGCCCAACCGCCUGCACGACUACAGCCAGCGGUUUGUGCUGGGCAUGGGCAGCAGUUCCAUCGAGCUGUGUGAGCGAGAAUUCCAGCGGGGAUCGAUGAGCGACUCCAGCUCUUUCCUGGACACACAGUGUGACAGCAGUGUCAGCAGUUACAGCAAGCAGGAUGGCUACAUACAGUUCGACAAGGACAGCAAGGCCUCGGCCUCCUCCUCAUCCCAUUACUCUCAAUCAUCGUCCCAGAACUCAGACCUUACGCGGCCGCUGCAGAAACGCAUGCAGACCCAUGUCUGACCAGGGCUGGCUAGAGGUGGACAGAAGACAGAUGGUUAGAGGAACCGAGCGCUGGGUUUGGCCAAAGGGGUUUGAAACUCCCCAGACAAGAAUCAGGAACCAAUUCAAGCACAUCUAGCACACCAGUUUCAUUUUAUCCUCCACUUUAUUUGCUUGUAUUUCUUCUUCAUAUUUGUCAAACUCUUUAUUUACAGCCUUUCCAUUUUCAGAUACUUGCUUGAGCCCAUGGACUACCUUUCCCAAUGCCCUAAAUGUCUGGGCCAAAAACUUCCUCGAACAAUCAUGUGCCACAGUGACGUUUCUUGCCAAUGUAGAAAUAUACAAGGACCUGAGAACUGAACCAGUGUCCUUACUUUAGUUCCCUUGACAGCUUUGAAUGAGUGAACUUGUCAGAGGGAACACAUAGCAACAGGGCUUGUAAAAAAAGCACAUAUAAGGUAUUUUAAGAGAGCUGAUGAAGGCUACUCUCCUAACCUCUGUAGUCCAGACACUCCAUUCCAUUAUUAGAAUACAAUGCUCUGUUGCUCCUGUACAGUUACGCAUAAGUUGUAUGUACGAUUUCUAAAUGCCUCUCCUUUAGCACAGCUAGCUAAACAAAAGGAUAAAAAGAAAGGUAAAAAAGGACAUGUAGGAGCUUAAUAUCUAAUGUCAGUCAGAAUCUUUGGAUUCCAGUCCAAGGUUGUUCUGACCAAAAACAUUGAAAAGUUCAGAUUGAAAAUUGUUCUGAGCUGUCGGUUUUCCAAUCAGAUAUAAUGUAUAUUUGUGUACUUUGUUGUUCUUUAUUUCUUACUGAACGUUCUUUAUUUUAAAAGUUUUAACAUCAAGGAUUAUAAUUACUGGCUAUUGGACUUGACACUGGGGAAUUAACACUGGGGACUGAGAUGAUUAUUUAAUCUCUUCUACUUUGCCUUAAGUGGGACUUCGUAAGGUGUGCCGACAUUUCUGUCAAAUAUGUGGCAAUAAGAGGAUUUUUAUUUUAUUUUAUUUUUUAAUAGUAAUAUUUCUGCAGGGGUUUGGUUUGGUGUGAAUGAUGCACUGAUGAUUGGAACAAUAAUGUUGCUUGGAUUUUAAAAAGAAAAUAUGCACUAUGUCUUAUGUCCUGUUAUGUGAAGUCAAAUUAUACUGCUUAAAAUCAUCCUUCCAAUUCAUAACAUGUCAUCAUAGCUUGUUACACAGUGCUAGAUAUAUUUUCAAAUUGCUUUUUUAUUGCAGUUAAAACACAAAUUUAGUUCACAGUAAAUUGAGAUCUAGAUGACACAAUGUACAUUUUGCUCUGCUUUAAAACUUCUGUCUACUGUGGUUGGCAUUGGACUGCAUUGCGUACUCUCACUGUUAUAAGUGAGCAAAUUGUGUACAUUUUUGGAAUGGGGUGUGGGGGGUGGGCAUUAAUGCUUAAUGUAAAUUUAUGUUCUUUUCUUUUCUGUUUUUUUUUUUUUUUUAGUAUUUUAGUCUACAGAACUGACAUUGCAACCUAUGGAACUACUGAUAACUCGAGCGCUUCUACACUUGUAUGAUAAAAUCGCUCAUGGUCUCAAAUCAGUGUACUGAAGAAUUAUUUAAAAUAACAGAGAUCAAGCUAGCAUUGCAAAUUACAUGGGAUGUGCAGAGAGACACAAACAGAUAUUUAAAACCAUAAUCUGCAACCAUGUGAUGUCAGAAAUUUGGCAGAUUACACUGCCCGAUAAAGCACAUUUUCAUGGCAGGAGUUGAAGCUCCAAAACAAGAAACCAGUUCCAUCGUUUUGCUAACUGCACAUCCAUAGACAUAUUUCUGGCUGUUAUUAAAUGUUUUGCAUCCUUUGCAAAGUACGAAUCUGCUUGGGUUCUUCACAAAUGUUUGCAAUUCUGUGACUUCUGCCACAAAUCCAAUUAUUUUGGUCCAUUUACUUUGCGAAAUGACAUCAGAUUUUGAUGCAUACAAUUGAUUAGAUUAUUUGCUCUAAUUCUUGAGGCAUUCAAUGGUUUGGUUAUUGGUAUCCUGGGGGAGAAAUAUUCAGCCAAAAAUAAAUAAAUAAUCAAAACUGUGGCAGCACAUCUCCAGUACUAGAGAAGGGAACACAGCCAUUAUCUAUGUGGUGUUAUAUUAAGUGGCAUAAUUGUAUGAAAUUGCCAGUGACCCCUUAAAACAAGGUUCAGACUUGUCCUAGUAUGUGCAGCAAUUGUGCUUACACCAAAUGAUACCAAAACGUCUCUCGCUACCAAUGUUUUCUUCGGUUAUAGAGCGCUGAAUCUACAUUUAGGUGAUUAACCCCUCUGGUCUGAGUCUGUACUACCCCGCGACUGCACAAACACAGAUUGGGCAUGAAAGCUAUCAGAGUGUUUUCUUAUAAAAGCUUCCAACUCUCCACUCUUUUAUCUCCUCUUCAAGUUAUCUCCCAUUCUCCUCCACUCAUAAAGAUAAAUAUGACCAGAGGUGAUUCCCUCAUAAAAAACGAGUAGCAACUGUGAGAAUCUCUCACUUGAACUAUGAAGAUCUUGAGGUUUUAACCCAGAGGAAGUGUUUUGAUUUGCACCAACCUGACAAUCCCUCCCUGCCAUCCGAGUACAAGAAACACUGCGAGCGUGACACCACUGAGUCAGUCAGUGCUGUAAGCACUUUAUGUAUGAUUAUAUUUGUGGCAUUUCAAUGGGUUUCAUACAUGAGUGCUGUUGGAUGAGUCUAAUUUUACAAAUGGAUUGGUGCCCAUUGUGAGGCUUAACCACAACACUUGCUACACUGUACUGUAUAUAAAUCCCUCAUGCUCUCUGUUUGUAAAUUUGUAGUUAUUUUGCUUUGUUCCUCAGUCAAUUUGAGUAGUAAAGGGCAGAAAGCAAAUUGUGCCAUUGAUACUGUACAAAUGAUCACUCUUUAUUUUAUUUCUCUCCGCUGACAUCAUUGCCAGUGAAGCUUACUUUGGCUGUGCCGUUUAAAAUUGAGUGUUCACAUGUGACUUACCCUGGCCUAUCUCUCAAGGAAUAAACAAUUGUAUAAAGUAGAUCUGCAAAGUACUAAAAUAAUUUUCACUUCUUUAAUACUGUUAUCAAUUUUAGAUGUGGACUUUAAUAGUAAUGGAGGCAUAUCAGUCAGAGCUUUUUUCAUAUAUGUUAAAUUAAUACAUUCUAAAAUAAUUUUAAACACAGUUUGUUUACCAUAUAUGGUGUGCAUUAUGGUCAAGUGAUGGAAUACUUUAAUUUAAUGAUAUUCUAUUAUAUUUAUUUAAUUAUGGAUUAUGUUCAAUAAACAAUUUUUUUUAUUUAUUUUUUUUAUUGGGAAAUAAUUUUGGACAAUGCUGCCAUAUUGCAAUUAUUUUCGUAUUUUUAUUUUUUUCUUAAAAAGUAUCAAUUUCUCUUCUAAUUAAAUUCUUGUUUCUUUUAUGAAUUUAUAUAUUUAUUCGAUUAUAAAUUAUCAUCAAUCAACAUUUUUAACCAAAUUAUUUACAUGACAUGCCAGUCAAUUAAUGGCAUAUCAAUAUUUGCUGAGAAAGGCCCCCAAAUAAAGAUAAUUCAAUAUAGAUUCAUAAUUCAAGUAAUUAUAUAUAUAUAUAUAUAUAUAUAUAUAUAUAUAUAUAUAUAUAUAUAUGUGUGUACUUUAAUUACAGAAUUUCAUACUGGUCUGGAGGCAUGAUUAAAGGUGCUGUAAGCGAUCCCUUAAAGAUAUUAAUGAAAUAAGUGCUCUGAGAUAUCUCACCGGUCUUUGUGACAGCUGUAGACUUUAUAAACAGCAAAUAAAAAUGUGUCUGUGAACCACAGAUAUUGACACUUUUCACCUGUUAAUCAUUUUGUUUGUUGUCAUAGUGUUGUAUUUGAAGCGGAUCAUUGAGGCUAUGAUUCACAAUGUUUGUCAGUUGAGGGUGCUAUUGUGCCACUGUUGAAUUUGACAGCCACAGAAACAUACAAUGCUGCUUUUUUACUAUGUUUUGGUCUCAAAAUUAUCUUUGGAGGGCGGGGUUUUGGAAUGUGUCAUAUUGAGAGAAUAGGCUACUUAUUAGUUAAUAUUGCCCUCAAAAGCCUAGCUCACCCUCACUGUUAAAGUCAAAUGUCAUGUGGCUUAAAAACAGCAUAUUGUAUUGGUUUGUUUAAAGACUGCUCCAUUAAUUCCAACAAUGCAAUUUUUUGUAUUUUCAUUUUCUUAUUUAUAAUUCUUAUUUUUAAUUUAUUUAUUUUUUUCUGAGAAAGUGUUAGAAAACAAUAUGUUGCCAUAUGGCAAUACCAUUUCAUAGAGGGUCAAUGAUGUGAUGGCCACAUUAGGAUAAUGCUAUUCAUAGUGCUGGACAAUGAAGAAAAAAACAGUUACCCCUUAACCAUGGCACUCUACUCUACUUGAAUUAAGGGCCACUGCGUUAAUUUCCACUUUACAAUGCUAAUAAAUCCAUAUGGAUAUUAAUUAUUUGGCAUGAACAUAUGUGAUAGCAAAUAAUGCUAUAUGGAAUGGUUUACGCAAGUUGUUAGAAACUUAAAACAUGGCACACUCCCAAAAAAUGAGUUCCAGUGUUCUACAGUCACCAUUCAUGUAAAGAAGCUCCUAGUAUUUGCUGGAAUCAGAGUGGUGGCAGCACUCAGUGCUGUUUGUAUACAAAAUAGUACACCUCUUAUCAUCCAGCCUGGUGAGUUUCAAUGCCUUCUCCCACUGGACCACAACUCUUACCUACUGCAAACAAUCAAUGGUCAUAUGCUUACAAACAAACCAAACAGAUGAACAAAUACCACUCCAGAUGAUAGGGCAGGGUCUUUGCCAGCAGCAGACAGCAGACUACAUUUAUGGGUAUUCCAUUCGUCCCCUGACAUUUCAGCACAGCCAGGCAGGCUACUGGCUGAUGAAAUGAAUUGUUAUUUGAUGAAUUGACAAUACUGUUUUAUAUAAGCUUCUCCAUUAUGGUGAUCCCAUAGUUCAAGCUUUGUUUGAGGACGGUCAUAAUCGAGACUGCAUAGGCAGAUUAAUUAGUAAUAAUUUAUGUACUCUGCAGACACAUUGUACUGAUUUGUGCUGUUGAAAUGUUGCUCAAUCUGAAUUUAGAAAACAAAUGAGAGAGUAAUAUAACGUACAAAAGUGUGAGUCCACUUGUGAAAAUGUUUAUAUUUUGCAUUUUUCCAAGAAGUUAACAUGGGCAAUGUCGCAAAUGUGCUAAUUUCAUUUGUGACCGGGAAAUAGUGCAGUACAUUGGAUAUUUCUGUAUUCAUUUUACAUCAUCACAUUUCUUUGUUUUUUUUUUUUUUUUACAAUUCUAAAACUUUGUUUAAAUUAGAUUUUGAAUUCCAGAUUUGCAAUGUGAACUCAAAUAAUUGAAUGGCACUGGUGAUGGGCAGCUCUCUCUAAAAUGGUUUGUGACACAAAUGGGUUGUGUCUUUUCUUCAUGUCACAAGCACCUUCUACAUAAGAUUUUUAUUUAUUUAUAAUUUCAGUGACAUGCUAAAGCUGUAACAAAGAUGGUGUGUACACAUAAGUCAGGAAAAUCAAUUUAGCAGUUUUGAGGUAAUUAUAAUGCCAUGUACUGGGGUUUUAUAUAUAUAUAUAUAUAUAUAUAUAUAUAUAUAUAUAUAUAUAUAUA